AUGGAACAUUUCGUUAAUACGAUAGUAGCCAUAAAUGGGUUUGACACUGGACGUGACCUUCUGAAAUUGUUUGCCUUAUCCAACAACUACAACAAGAUUGCAGCCUACCAGAAGCUAACUAAGAAGAAAAUAGGGCGCGUAUUAGCCUUGAUCCUGCUCGAUAUGCAGUCCAUGGAGCGAACGGAACUGAAAUACGAUCCGCUUGUCCCAGAGGCGAUAAAGCAACUGUACAACGAUACGUUCAAUUUCUUUCCUAAAAGUUUGAAGGACAUCCGCUCGUGUUUGAACAAUGUCAACAUUUAUCAGGGAAGCCCGGAUUCGAAACAGUGCAUUGUGGCAACCAACAAUCAAGUUGAGGUGAAACAUCCCAAAUUCAACAACACCUUAGGACUCAUGAAGGAAGUGAUUCUUAAUUCCACUGGAUGCACCAGCUUUCGACUGGAGCUGGUGAACGAUAUGGCAUCGGUGAAAAUUAUCAACGCUGAAGGAAACGCUCUGACCAACAUCAAUGCUGCAGUGCCAGGAAUGACGGAUUUCAGCUUCGUGGGAGCUCCCUACACCAACAGCGCAAACAUGAAGCUGGACAGCAGCCAGCUAUGGAUCUUGGAUGUAAGCUACAAGAGUGACAUGAUAAAAAUUGAAUCCGAGUUCAAUGUGUACCGUACGGGGCAAGCCUGGAAAUCCAUGGACUAUUUGGUGUAUAAAAAUAUCAACGGAGUCAAUCAGCCCGUAGUUGCCAGGUGGGGCAUGGAAGGUAUGCUAGUAGGUCAGGUUAAAAACUACGCUGAAUGGACAUUUAAAUGUGCUUCGUAA